AUGCCCAUCUCCGCGGAGAGAGAACGCGAGCUGCUAAACAAGUAUAAACUCACCUCGCUGCAUCCCACCGAAUGGCCACACAAGGACGACGAGUCGUCCGAGGAAGAGGAGGAUGAGGCGCCUGCCAACAAUACUCGUCAAUCUUCCGUUCGCAAUUCACGCURUCAGAAACUCGCCCGCCAUGCCAGUCUCAGAUCAACCGCCCAGGCCACUGUUGGCGUGCAAAACGACGAACCAGAUGCCCUGGGCAUGGCUCCAAGUAUCUCGACCGAGCUACGAAGACGCGGAGUGCCCGUGGAUGAAGACCUGGCAUUGCGUAACAAGUUCAUGCUUUCAUCCACCAGCUUCAGUCCAGCCGCAUAUCUUUCACAUCUCCACCAGACGGCAAGCACGGAGGACCUCAUGCAGGGUCUGGACUUCCUCAGUAAGAGUAUUGCCGAGAAGUCUGCCAGUUUGAAGGUACUGGUUGAAAGCAACUUUGAACGAUUCGUACGAGCAAAGGCGACUAUCGAUACCGUAUACACCGAGAUGCGAACACAGGGAGUGGAGGAGCAAAGCAAUUCACAGCUUCAACCAAGUGGUCCACCCAAUGGUACGAGACCACACUCUCGGCAGACGAGCAAAGGGCAGACACAUUUUCGAAAUACCAGUGGCGCCUUCGCUGCUGCUGGAGCGAAACUGGCACCUUCUGGAAAGCGGAAGAAUGCACUCACCAAGGAGUCUGAAUAUGGUGUGCAAGGAAUCAAGGUUCCUCUGCAAGAAGUGGCCAUCAAAGCAGAGGAAGUUUGGGGCCCGGCUUUGGGUGGACGCGAGAAGGAGGGGACUCUCAAAGCAGUCAUGAGUGCCUUUGAACAGCACCGGGAUGUCUUCAAGCUGAGCGGCGUCGUGUAUGAGGCUGUCAAGAAGAACGACUAUGAUGCUGUCGUGGAUGCCUAUAAGCAGGCCAAAAGUCACGCGGACAAGGCAAGGAAGAUUGCAACGAUCGCCAAGGAGAACGAUAUGGAGCUCGGAGACCAGGAUGUGCAUCAAAUCAUCGUCACUGCGAGGAUGUGGCAUGAUGUUACUGUGCAGAUUGAUGGUUUCAAGAACGGUAUUUGGAAGAAGCUAAAGUCCGCGCACGGACGGAGAGCGGCUGCAAUGGCUGAUGAGCCUGAUAAGGAGCUACACAUGGAGCUGAUCGCUGUACUACUCCAGCUCGGUGUCGAGGAGAGUCCCAUCUGGAUAUGGAUCAACAGCCGUUACCUCUAUCUGAAGGAUCGAAUUGCCCGCUCUUUCGAACGCAGCCGGAUCGAGAUUGAGAUCCUACGACGGAGACUGGCCAGCAUUACCAAAACGGACAUCGUCGCGUUGGCCAAACAUCUCCGAUCCGCUUCGACUUCCACGGGCGCUCUUCGUCUUAAUAAGGAGUCGACACAAGAUCUGGAUAGUGACAUCAUUCUCGCGUUCUGGGACAAAGUACAAGCGUGCUUGUCCGCGUUACUUUCCCCGCAGAAUGGCGUUCUUUCUGAGGUUCUGGAAUGGUGGGAGAUUGCUCAGUCUUUCAUCGACAAUAAAGCGCAAAAGUCAUUUCCUACUGCGGUGUUUGCAGUAGGAUUCACCCAUCUCGAGCUGGAAGAGGAGCACAUCUCUGCAAUCCACGCAGCUGCUUUCGAGCUUGUCAAUAUCAUUCGUGAAAGCAUUGUCUCAUUCUUUCAAGAACCACCUGUGGAUGAUAUUAGCGAUCUUUAUUCUCCAAUCCCGCCGACACCCAUUUCUCCGGAUUCAGACGCCAGCCACCAGUUUCCUCUCAGGCGUGCCUUUAGCAUUGACAACAACAAUAUCCCUCCUCCGUCACCCAAAACAGAUGCGGCAUGGGAGAAGUAUGCAUUCUGGCCUCCAGGAGCCAAUUCCCUCUCUGGAGCACACUACCUGGCGCGCUUCUCCACCUUGGUCGGCACCGCCAUGAGUGAGAUUGCCGGCCUCUCUCCUAUCAAGUCGGCACCUGAACGUCGGGAGAAGCUCAAAUCUACAAUCAUAUCGGUACGAGAGCGCUGCAUUGCAGCCAUAUGUGCGAGCUGGAACAGCGAUGCGGAGAAAUGCCGCGUUCUUGAAUCGUGGACAAGAUCACCCGAACGCAGAGAUCUCACUCUCAUGCCUGCAUAUUUUGAGGCGUGGGAGGAAAGGGUGUUGACGAAUGUGCAGAAGAUUGCGUACAUUUCAGAUGCCGUUGGUUUGAAGAGCAGUGGAGCUGGCGUGGAUGUCAUUCCGCCUCCAAGUGCCAAACUUCUUCAAGCUGUCCGGACUUGUUUCGUAACAAGUUUGUACAAGGGCCUGAGUGGGAUKGUAGAGAAUGCAACCACGACUGGAUCCUCCGAGUCUUCUUCCACGAGGCUAUUGGAUGGUGGAGUCGGCGUUGAGGCCGAUCCGGAUGGCGUCACAGUGGCGAGGCGAAGAGGGGUGGAGGGUGAUGGACUUGGUGUUCUGGCCACCGAAGCCGUUGAUGCCAGCAAUAGAAACGUGCGGAUGCUCAUCACACUCUCCAAUUUAACCCAUCUUCGGAGUGAAGUCAUUCCGCAGCUCAUCUCCACAUUCGAAUCCGCCUUUUCGGUCAAGCUCACAGAGGAGAGCAAGACGAUCCGUGACGUUCUCUCACAGAUUGACUCUCGGCUUUUCCAGGCAUAUGUCAAGCCUACACUAUCAUACAUUACAGAAACUAUCUCCAACGGAGUGGCGUCCCCUUCUUGGGAGCCUACCAGUACUCCAACAGACGCCAGGCCAUACAUUUAUGACGUACUUAUCAAGCUGGUCUUCAUUCACGCCGAGGUCACGUCGACAACCACAUCAACACUGACGAACCAAAUUCUUUCCUACCUUCUCGAGCAGAGCUCGCUAUCGCUCAUUGCGUCUUUCGAGAAGCGGGACAGCUAUUCUCUUGCAGCGUUGAUGCAAGCGACUCUUGAUGUGGAGUUUCUCGCUCAGACCCUCAACCAAUAUACCACAGAUAAGGCCGGAGAGGUGCAAAGCCAGAUCUAUCUCAAGCUGGACGAGCGGACUGGGAAUGAGGCACGAGGUAGACUCCAAGGAGAGUUGGCAGGCAUGCGAGGUGUGUUAAAGGGUCUGAGGGAGGGUACCAAGGGUGAAUUCGGGUGCUUCAGAAGAGAAAGGCGUGGUAGGAGGGAAAAUGGCAGCGGCGGAGGGAGCGCCGGCGGUAACAAGGGAUAG